GUCCCUCUCCCCCAGGGGGAAGCCAGUCUCUGUGAAUGCGGCCGCAUGUCAAUCACCGGCUCUCAUGUGAUGGCUCUUGCCAAUGACGUGCCAGCCAUAUGGGCCUGGCAUCAGAGCUGGUAUGUAACCCACCCAGUCCUGCCUCUGAGGUGCCACACGGCUCCCUCCACGCGUUUGGGCUCGGGAUAGCAGCAGCAGCAGCAGUAGCAGAAAGAGAGAGAGAGAGAGAGAGAGAGAGAGAGAGAGACAGAGCAGGGUGGCAGGAGAGGGAGAGAGAGGUGUGAGAGCAGAAACACAGCGCCUCGCCUGCACAAGCAUCCGUGCAGGGCGUGUGGAUGUGAUGCCCACCCGGAGAGAGAUGGUGUAAACAAACCCGCUUUGCCCCGUCACUGAGCUCCACCGCGGAGGUUGCUUGACACGAUGCUGAGCCGUCUGUUCAGCGAGGUGCUGCCGGACGUCCAGAGGCUCGCUGCUGACUGGGUGGAGGACAACGAGAACGAGGACAAGGACAAGGACGACCACGAUCCCUGUCACCUCGGUGAUGAUGACCUGGACGAGCCACUGGAAGGCAGCAGUCGAGCUGAGUCCGAGAUGGCCGGUGACGAUGAUGAUGAGGAUGACGACGCUGAAGAAGAAGAGUGCGAGGAUGAGAACAGUGGAGACAAACCCAAGAAGCGCGGUCCAAAGAAACGCAAGAUGACGGCGGCGCGCGUGGAGCGCUCCAAGGUGCGUCGAAUGAAGGCGAACGCGCGGGAACGCACGCGCAUGCACGACUUGAAUUCUGCGCUGGACAAUCUGCGCAAAGUGGUGCCGUGCUACUCCAAAACCCAAAAACUCUCCAAGAUAGAGACUCUGAGGCUGGCCAAGAAUUAUAUAUUAGCCCUUGGGGAGAUUUUACGCAACGGGAAACGUCCAGAUGUGGUGACCUACGUGCAGAUGUUGUGUAAAGGCCUGUCACAGCCCACUACCAACCUGGUCGCAGGCUGUCUGCAGCUCAACACCAGGAACUUCCUGACUGAACAGUGUACAGAUGGAGCCCGCUUCCACAUGCCCAGCUCUCCUUUCUCCGUCCACCCUUACUCCUACCGGUGUUCCCGUCUCUCCAGCCCUCAUUACCAGCCAGGAAGCGGUGCGAUUAACUUGCGGAGCCAUUCCUACGGUUCUGGGUACGAGGCCCCGUACCCUCCAGGCGGAACGUCCCCUGACUAUAGCAGCCCGGACUACGAGGGCCAGCACAGCCCGCCCGUCUGCCUGAACGGCGGACUGUCCGGGAGACAGCAGGAGCCCUCUGAGACAGACAGGAACUAUCAUUACUCUAUGCAUUAUUCCGGACUGGCCACGUCUCGACCCAGCCACAGCCUCCCUUUUGGGCCCUCGGGAGCGCGCAGCGGAGGUGCGCACUCGGAAAACAUUCCACCUUUCCACGAUGUGCACUUGCAUCAUGACAGGGCUCCUCCGUACGAGGAUCUCAAUGCUUUUUUCCACAACUGAGCCCUUUCAAUCAGACGUAUUGAUCUUACAAUGACAAUCCUAUAACGUGUAAUAUUGUUUGGGAAACAAGAGCUUCUGGAAGGAUGAGAGAUGGAAGUGGCAGAAAGAGUCCCCUGAUUACCUUCUGUAUUCUACUGAUGUCAUCCCUAUAAUGUUGUACUUCCUAUCAAAGUGUGUCCAGUAAUAUCCUGUAUGCAGAAUGAGUGCAACUGAUCUAAAAGAUGUAUAGGCCUAAACAUGUUAUGACCCGAACAACAGAAAUAAAAAAAAAAGUUUUAUAA